AUGAAAGUUUAUUUAAUUUUAUCUAUAAUAUUUUUUGUGCUUUCUUCACUUAAUGCCAAAAUCUAUUUACCGGAAAUCUCUAAAAAGCAUGGACCUCUUUACCAAGGCAUACGUACACUCAUUCUAAGCGAAAAACUAAAUGCUGAACAAGCCUGGAAUGAUACCCAAGAUCAAAUUGCGAGAUAUUCUUCUGUUCUAGAAAAAGCUCACGAUUACAUGCACAAUUACGAAAAGAUAAUCAAUGAUAAACUUAAUCAACUUAACAAUCCAGAACAUACGGAUGAAGUUAAAAAGUGUUACAAACAAUACGAAAGACAAAUUGCACGAUUCAAUCGUGAUCUUGUACAAAAUUAUUUCGCUUGUAAACAGGCUCUCAAUUCAAGUCUUUCGCAGUUGAAAAAUGAAAUUUUUCAGGAAAUUGAAUAUAUCCAUGAAGCUGCCAUUAAGAUACAGGAAUUGGUAUAUGAAUGUAAUGUCAGCGAUUUAAAAAGAAUCGAUCGAGAGAUGUAUCAUGCCGGUGUAACACUUUGUGUUAUUUCCGGUUUGGGGGAGAUCAAUCAACAUAUGCUGGAAGCGUCUCAAAUUACUCUCAACAUAUUGGCCAGAUUGAGCAUUAACCAGGAGGAAAGUGGUCCAAUGGAGGAAAUACCGGGAAAGACUACGAAUAUAUGUUUGGAUUAUCAAUAUUUAAGAGAUGAAUUUGAAACGAUUUAUGAGAAUGUCAUGUUGUGUGUAAAGAAAAUUGAAUAA